AUUUUGAUAUUCCUCGCUGCCUUACUUCCGAUUCUUCCUGGAAUGUGCAGUGUUGAAUACUUUUGACAGCUGUUUUUCUCGUAAACAUUCAAAACAAUGGGCAGCAGGGCAUCUAUCCAGCUCCAGGAAACUGAAUUAAAUGAAAUACAGUCAGAAACUGGUUUUUCACAUAAUCAGAUUGUACGCUUGUAUAGUCGAUUUACAAGUCUGGAUAAAGGGGCCAUAGGAUGUUUGAGUCGAGAAGAUUUUCUGAGGAUUCCCGAGUUGGCUAUAAAUCCACUUGGAGACAGAAUUGUUCAUGCAUUUUUCACAGAGAGUAACAAUGAGACUGUCAACUUCAGACAAUUCAUGAGAGUUUUAGCAAGAUUCAGGCCAACGAAAUCAAACCAGAACAAAAAUAAACUGAAUACCAGGGAGGAGAAAUUGAAAUUUGCUUUCCGAAUGUAUGACCUUGAUGGAGAUGACAAGAUUUCCAAGGAUGAGUUGCUGUCGGUGUUACAUAUGAUGGUUGGAGCAAACAUUUCUGAGGAGCAGUUGGGGAGUAUUGCUGAGAGGACGAUCAGUGAGGCUGAUAUUGACGGGGACAAUCAGAUCUCUUUUGAGGAGUUUGUACAGGCAAUGGAGCGUGUGGAUGUUGAGCAAAAGAUGAGCAUUCGUUUCCUACACUAAGUGUGUGCAUGCCUCAGUCUGAUGGAUAAAGUAAUAUUUCGGGCAUCUUCUAAACAUUAAUACUUACAGACAAAAAAGUGAUCAGUUACAGGAUCUUUACUGUUUUAUUUUUACUAAAGUUUCUAGAUCUUUUGAUAUUCUUUGUAUUUGAGGAUUCUCUAUGAAUAUCAAUUAUAAAGGACCAUUAAGAUACUAAGACUCUACAAGGUGAUAUUUUCAAGUUGAGAUGAGAUAUUGUAUACAGGAAAAUUUCCAUCCCUAUUUUAUUUUCACCCCCUUUACCCUCAUCGCAAGUUGGCAAAUUUAAAACUAAUUAAAAUUAAAAAAUUAGCAAAGUCAAAGAAGUCAGAAUCAUCUCUUUAACUCUGCUGUGUUUGGGUGAAGUUAAAAUGGGGCAAAAUGGUGUGAAAGGGUGAAAAUAACAUUAGAAACAGUAAUGUAUCACAAACAAAAAAUUAUAAUGAGAUUCGGCAGAGUCUUACUCCUAAAUGGGAAUUUUUUUCAAUGUUUUUUUAAACAUGUGUAACAUUUGAAAUGGAAUAAAUACUCUUAUCAUUGAAAUCCUAAUUGACACACUGCCCCUCCCCCCCCCCCC